AUGGCCGCGAACGACGCCCCAGAGGGCAUAGCCGCCGCCAACAAAGCUGGCAUCGCAACACACUCUUCCAGCACCUGGCCUGGCCACAGUGACAGCGCCAUGUCCGAUCCUGGGUCUGGAGCUGUCCGCGCCGAGACUCCCUCUGAGACUGCGGAAGCUACGCAGGGCAUAUACAUCCUCGAGUCGAAAUCGGUCCACUGGUGGAGUUACCUUGCCACGGCUGAUUUUUGGAUUGUGGUUGCCAUCGGACAGGUUCUCGCGCUUUGCAUCACAGCCACCAACACCUUUACCAGCUUUUUGCAGCAAGAGAACUUUAGCGCUCCGGCGUUCCAGACCCUGUUCAAUUAUGUGUUUCUCGCGGUCAUCUACAACGGCAUUUUCCUUAUUCGCGAUGGCCCACGUGCCUGGGUUCGGGUCGCAUAUCGUGAUGGGUGGAAGUAUCUCAUCAUGGCGUUCCUCGACGUAGAAGGAAACUACUUUACCGUUUUGGCAUACCAGUACACCAAUAUUUUGUCUGCGCAGCUCCUGAACUUUUGGUCCAUUGUGUGCGUGGUUAUCAUCUCGUUUGUACUUCUUAAGGUUCGCUACAAGCUGUUCCAAAUCAUUGGUAUCUUGGUCUGCUGUGGUGGCAUGGGCAUCCUAUUGGGAUCCGACUACAUCGUUCAGCGAGAUAGUGGUACUUCUGGAGGUGAAUCCAAGCUCAAGGGUGACCUAUUUGGUCUGUUGGGCGCCACUCUCUAUGGUACAAGCAAUGUUCUCGAAGAGUGGCUGGUUUCCAAAGCCCCCAUGCACCACGUCCUCGCCUUCAUGGGUCUGCUGGGCAUGAUUAUCAACGGAGUUCAAGCCGCUAUCUUCGACCGCCACACCAUUGCUGGCUCCGCUUGGAGCGGAAAAGUCGGAGGUUACCUCGUUGGAUAUACCCUCUGUCUCACGCUCUUCUACACGCUCGCUCCGCUUAUCCUUCGCAUGGGAAGCGCCGCCUUCUUCGACAUCUCGCUCCUCACCGCCAACUUCUGGGGCGUGAUUAUUGGAAUUCAUGUGUUUGGGCUGAGCAUCCACUUCAUGUAUCCCAUCGCCUUUGUAUGCAUCAUUAUCGGUUUGACCAUCUACUUCCUCUCAGGUAGUGUUUUGGGCGACUCCAAGAAGCCAUGGCUGGGAGAGAACCAGGAAGGUGGUGUUGCUGGCGUCGGUACCGCCAAGCUCAGAGCCAUCAAUGCCGCUCGAAUGGCUCAAGUUGAGGCUGAGAACGGACUCGCUCCCGGAAAGAUGCAGACCACUGCCAAGCUUCGCGCUCUGUUUGGCAAGAAGCUCUAA